UUCUUUCAAACACACACAAAAAAGUUCCCUUCUUUACCGUCUCCAUUCUUGUGUAAAAAAAAAAAGAAGAAGCCAUCUUUCUCCUUCUUCAAUCUCAGAAAAGAACUUCUCUUGAGCAAACUACAAACAACCUUUUUCUUAUUUCAAACAUAAUAGUACAUAAAAUAAUUUAUCUUCUUUGUUGUUUUCAUUUUUGUAAAAAAAGAAGAAAAAAAGCUCGUCUUUCGCCUUCUUGUGAAGCUUGUUGGUGUAUUCUUAAGCUAUUUAGUGCAUACAUAGAAAAAGUUCUCUUCAUUCCUGGAAAAAAAAAGAAGCUCUUGCCUUUCCCUUUCUCCUUCUUUCAAACACAUAACAUAAUCAAGUUCUCUUUUUUGGUGUCUUCAUUCUUGAAAAAAAUCAGAAAAAGCUCUAGUCUUUCCUCUUUUCUUCUUCAAAAACACCCUUUUCUUCUUUUAAACAUAUAUACAUAGAAAGUUGUCUUCUUUGGUGUUUUCAAUCUUGAAAAUUAUAAAAAAAAGUUCUUGUCUUUCCCUCUUUUCUUCUUAAAUUCAAACACCCUUUUCUACUUUCAAACAUAUAACAUAAUAAAGUUCUCUUCUUUGGUGUUUUCAAUCUUGAUUUUUUUUUAAAAAGCUCUUGUCUUUCCCCUUCUUCUUAAAUUCAAACACCCUUUCCUUCUUUCAAACAUAUAUACAUAGAAAGUUCUCUUCUUUGGUGUUUUCAAUUGGAAAAACAAAAAAAAGUUCUUGUCUUUCUAUUUAAGUGUAUACUAUGUGUAAGAAAAUGAUGCAUUACAAGAGAUAUCAGAACUGGAAUAGAAAAGGGGACGUGUUUGUGGUUUGUGUAGAUGAAGAAACUGGUUACAAUCACAAAAGAGUUAAACCAAAACUUUUUUACCUUAUUUUUCUUUGUUUAGUCUCUUUUAGCUUUUUUGUAGCUCCACAGUUCUUCACUUCUCCUCAUAAAUUUUCUCUCUUGUAUUCAGUUAGUUCUCAAGGAGGAGGACUUAUUUCUAAUAAAUCAGAUUUUAAUGCUUGUUCUUCUGUCUUUAAUGGGUCAAUUUGUUGCGAAAGAAGCAGUAUUCGUUCUGAUGUAUGCGUAAUGAAAGGGGAUGUUAGGACGGAUUCUGCUUCCAUCAGAAUUACCCUCUACAGAAACAAUGAUAAUAAUGAAUAUGCUUUGCGAAAUCUUGAUGAGAAUGAUGGGGUACUUCGGCAUGAAAAGAUUAGGCCAUAUACUCGGAAAUGGGAAAAAAGUGUGAUGGAUACCGUUGACGAGUUAGACCUUGUUGUGAAGGGGGAGCAUUCCAGGAUUCAUCAAAAGUGUGAUGUCAAACAUGAUGUCCCGGCUGUGUUUUUCUCUACUGGAGGUUACACCGGUAAUCUUUACCACGAGUUCAAUGAUGGAAUUUUGCCCGUUUACAUCACUUCUCAGCACUUCAACAAGAAGGUUGUCUUUGUAAUCCUCGAGUACCAUGCUUGGUGGAUAAUGAAGUACGAGAACAUCUUGUCUCACCUCACCGAGUAUCCUAUUAUAGAUUUUAGCAGUGAUAAGAGGACUCAUUGCUUCCCGGAAGCCAUAGUUGGUUUAAGGAUCCAUGAUGAGCUAACUGUUAAUUCUUCAUUGAUGGGAAACAAUAAGUCCAUUAGCAAUUUUAGAGAACUUCUAGACCGUGCUUAUUGGCCUCGGAUUAGAAGUUUGAUCCAAGAUGAGGAACGUGAAGCUGGGAUUAACAUGGAAAAACAUGUUUCAUUAUCCUCAUUUGAGACAAAGGUGGUGACAGCGGAAGAAAAACAGGCUUUGAAGAAACCUAAAGUGGUUAUAAUAUCUAGAAAUGAUUCUAGAGCUAUAAUGAACGAAGAUUCUUUGGUUAAACUGAUCGAAGAUGUUGGAUUUCGUGUGGAAGUUUUGAGGCCACAACGAACAACAGAGCUUGCAAGGAUCUAUCGUGUCCUUAAUUCAAGUGAUGUUAUGAUAGGAGUUCAUGGUGCUGCCAUGACACAUUUCCUCUUCAUGAGGCCUGGUUCUGUUUUCAUCCAAAUCAUUCCACUCGGAACAGAUUGGGCAGCAAGCACUUAUUACGGAGAACCAGCAAUGAAACUAGGCCUCAAGUACAUCGGAUACAAAAUUCUUCCGAAAGAGAGCUCAUUGUAUGACGAAUAUGACAAGAAUGAUCCUGUCCUGACUGAUCCUAACAGCGUGAACGAUAGAGGAUGGGAAUUCACUAAAAAGAUCUACCUUGAUCGUCAAAAUGUUAGGUUGAAUCUUGGAAGGUUCCGUAAAAGAUUGCUUCGUGCCUAUUAUCAUUUAUGUUGCUAAUGAAAGCACGCGUUUUCGUCAUCAAAGUCAGUGAUAUUUACCUUUUUGUGGUUUAUCAAACAUAUUUAGUCUCCAUUGUUAAAGUUCUUAGAGUUGUACAUCAUGAUCCAGAAUAAAAGAAAUGAAGAUUAUUUCCUGUAUAGAUUUCUGGCAAUGCCUUUUGUGUACAUUGCAUACCAAAUUUGCUGCCUUUUUUCUUGUGUAAUCAUCCUGUACUCGAAACUCACUGGCCUAAUAAUCUUUAUUCAUUGGCUUACUAUCUGGAAUUUGCCCUGUAAAAGGUUCU